AUGAAAACACGUGUUGAUAUCCUAGUUUUUGGUGCGACGGGUUUCACAGGGAAAUUUACUGUACGACAGUUGGCUCUUUUAACAAAGGAGAAGUACUUAGAUGUCACAUGGGGUAUUGCAGGACGUUCAAAGGAAAAACUAGAAAAUUUGGUGAGAGACAUACGUAAUACGGGUCUCGAUAUUAAGAACGUACCGGUCAUAGAAUGUGACGUUGACAAUGAAGAAUCUUUAAAGAACAUGUUGAGGGUUACCAAAGUUGUUAUAAAUUGUACAGGCGUCAAUAUUAUCCUAAGCCCAAAGAUCGUAAAAGGUUGUAUCGAAACAAGAACGCAUUACGUCGACAUAUCGUCCGAAAUAUUUCAUAUUCUAAGCCUAUACCGUAGCUACAAUAAACCAGCCAAAAAUGCAAAUGUACUGGUGAUACCAUCCUGUGGUUUUUCAAGUAUACCCAUAGAGGCCGGCAUGAUACACUUAGACAAAAAGUUUAAAGGUACCCUACAUUCAGUAGAAUGCUAUGUCGAACAUUUCUCACCGACGAGCCUACCAAUCGAACCACUGGGUCAUAGUGGCACGUGGACGUCAUGCGUUCACGUUUUGUUGACUUUGAAGGAGUCUCUAUCGUUAAAAAAGGAAAUUUUACCGAAAUCAAAAGAAUCAAAAGCGGAAAAAAUUAAAAGACCAUUUUUCUUCCACAACAACGGCCAACUAUGGUUUCCAUGGCCUGGAAUAGAAAACGAUACCGUGCAAAUGUCUCAGCAACAUUUAUAUGAAGAAAGUGGAAAGAAGCCAAUUCAUUUCGAUGCAUACACCACCUUUGAAAAGUGGUACUACUUUUUUAUAAUCCUGGGAAUGUAUAUUUACUACUACUUGUGCAAUUUUAAGUGUUUUGCCAAAUUGUUAAUAAAUUAUCCACGAGUCUUCACAUUUGGUUUCAUAUCAGAGAAGGGACCUACAAAUGAAAUGACACAAAAAUUGAAAUUUAGAUUUCUUUUAAAUGGGAUAGGAUGGGAAGCAGGUGAUCAGAAUUGUGAACCAACGAAAACAAUGUCAGUUAAGGUAUCAGGAAGGGACCCUUACGAUUCAACAGCUAUAGCUGUUAUUAUGAGUGCUAUCACAAUUAUAAAAGAAAGCUCGAAUAUACCAAAAGGAGGAGUGAUCAUGCCAGGGGCUGCUUUUUAUAAAACUGACCUAGUCGAUCGAUUGAUGAAUAAUGGUUAUACAAUCGAAGUUUUAAAAUAA